AUGUACGCGAUCGUCUUUGCUGAAUCUGGACAGGCCCUGGAGCGGGGCGUCCCCUUUAGCCUUGGAUUCAGCAUCGCCAUCGCGGACUCCAGGAAAACCUGUCCAUGUGCUCCUACACGAGUGCAGAGAUGCUGCCCGUACCCCCAAGCUGCUCUCCGUCCAGCGCUGGCACAUCCUUUCACGCUAUUCUUAGAAACAGUUGAGCCAGUGGUGGUGGAGGCCGAAGGCUCUGAAACCUUUUUCCUCAUGUGGCAACAGCUUCUUUUUCGUGAGGCUGAUGCGGCUUGGAUUUGCUUCUUCCCUGGGAGCACACACACUGAAGCCUUUGCACACGAAGCAGGAAGGACAGGGAUCAGGAUACUGUGCUGGAUUCUGAAGUUGCUGGAUUCUGAAGCUGCCGAGGAGAUAAGACCAUGCCUGGCCCUUGAGGAGUUUACACUUUUAUCGGGGAGACAGACAAGCAUGAAGGCGGGCGAGGCCUGGAACAUACGGAUUCUCCUUGGAAGAAAUGUACAGCCGGACAAGGGGGUUGCUCCGAAGGAGCCGGCAUUACUGGCCUACUGUCUCUCCGUGUGCGCCCUGCGCCCUGCGGCACCCCCAGCGCCCCGCCCGCGGCGGGGCGAUCAGAUCAGCGCUGAAGAGGUGAACGGAGAAUGUGCGCCGGACACCGGGCUGCGGCAGAGCCCGCGACAAAGUAGAAGUCCUCCCGAGCGAGUGUAUACACUUCGGACGAAGGGCGAGCGGAACAGGCAGCCCAGAAGGACACACACACACUCCGUCACUCCCCGCUCUUCGCCUCGGGCUCAACGUGUCCCCUGCAGUCCGUUCAGCGUCCGCCUUGGUGGCUCCCCUCGCCGAGCCGACACGUCCACGAACAGCGUGGCCCUCCUCUGCUUCCCGGGCCGGUCAGGGAGCCCGUCCAGGGUCCCCGUGGUCCUCCAGCGCUUAGCCGUCUGGUCCCCCCGCGCCCGGCCACCACGCACGCCGCCUCCCCGCCUCCCUGCCGGGGCAGCGCGCAGCUCCAGGGCCGACAAUCCGAGCACAUUUCAAAUUUGCAAGACAGUCUUUGAGAAAACUGUGUCCUGGGAAGGGCUGAGAAAGCAGGUCUGGAGUGACGCCAGGUUCCUGUCGGCCAGCCGGUCCCUGAAGUCCCUGGAGGAGUCACCUCGAGGAGCCAGCAUGUCCCACGUCUGGGUCAUAAUUAUGCAUCUGGUCGGUCAGCACCUGCCCUACUGCUGGGGAGAGAGAACCCAGAUAACAAUGUCAAGUUUACCAGACCUACACGAUGUGGACGUCACCAAUUACGCGGCAAUGUUGUAUCUGGAAACCAAAGUCUCCCGGGGCUUGGGAACAGCCCAGCCACAGUUUCUUAAGGAAAUAGGCAUCAUUCAGCCUCCUAGACCUUCCUUGAGUACCAAAGGGCAGAUUCAAACAAUUGCUAAUCAGGGGAGGAAAGGGGUGCAGGAACAGAGGAAGAACGAUAGUGGGUCAAGUAACAAUCGCGAACUGUGCCGAGGAUCCCCAUUAGUUCCCAGAAGUGUGAACAUGCGCACGAUGAUACCUGGUAUCGUAUUUCACCGAGGUCUGGAAGGAAAGAUGCAGGCAGGGCGUUCGGAGUGCUCCUCCCAGGUCUUCCCCCGCAGGCCCCCUCCGGGCUGCCUGCCAGCUGGGUCCGCAGCCCCCCUGCCCUGGGCGCUUUGCUCUCUGCCCCCUGUACGAUGCACAGCGAUUCGGUACUCUUCUAACCAGAACGCCCAGGCUUGA